AUGACAGUUUUAUACUCUGAAGAAUUAGGUCUCGAAAAAACAGACCCAACAUUAUGGAGAUUGCGUACAGACCUACUAGGCCGAGAAACAUGGGAAUAUCUGCCUAAUAUAGAAGCUGCUAAGGAUCCUCAAUCUACUUUUACUCAAUGGCUUUUACAAGAUGAAAACUUUCCUUUUCCGACACCAGAAAUCACCUCUGAAGAUGACAAAUUUACAGCUGAAAAUGCUUGCCAUAACGGUGCCUCUUUCUUUAAACUAUUACAAGAACCUGAAUCUGGUAUAUUUCCUUGUCAAUACAAAGGUCCCAUGUUUAUGACCAUUGGUUAUGUAGCGGUUAAUUAUAUUGCUGGAGUCCAAAUUCCAGAUCAUGAAAGAAAAGAAAUAAUAAGAUAUAUUGUGAACACAGCUCAUCCUGUAGAUGGCGGCUGGGGUCUCCACUCUGUCGAUAAAUCAACUGUGUUUGGUACCGUUUUGAACUAUGUGAUUUUACGUCUCUUAGGUAUACCUAAUGAUCACGUAGUCUGUGAAAGAGCCAGAAAGACUUUGCAUAGAUUAGGGGGCGCCAUUGGUGCACCACACUGGGGUAAAUCAUGGUUAAGCCUGUUAAAUCUUUACAAGUGGGAAGGUGUUAACCCUGCACCACCAGAGACUUGGUUAUUACCUUACAGCUUGCCUAUACAUCCUGGAAGAUGGUGGGUUCAUACAAGAGCUGUAUAUUUACCUCUAAGCUAUUUGUCUUUGACACGUUUUCAAUGUGAAUUGAAUCCUUUAUUAGAAGAAAUUAGACAAGAAAUUUACACGAAACCGUUCGAGAAAAUUGAUUUUUCUAAACAUAGAAAUACAGUUUGUGGUGUCGAUUUAUACUAUCCUCAUUCAAAAUUCUUGGAUGUUGCCAAUGACGCUAUCGUAUUUUAUGAAAACUAUGUAAGACCAACAUUCAUUUUCAAGAAGAGCAAAGAAAGAGUUUAUGAUCUUAUCAAGAAGGAAAUUGAAAAUACAGAUUCCUUAUGUAUUGCGCCAGUGAACCAAGCUUUCUGUGCGUUAGUGACAUAUAUCGAAGAAGGUGCCCAUUCUAUGGCAUUUGAGAAAUUCCAAUAUAGAUUUAAGGAUGCCUUAUUUCAUGGUCCUCAAGGUAUGACAGUAAUGGGGACAAAUGGUGUUCAAACAUGGGAUUGUGCUUUUGCUAUUCAAUAUUUUUUCAUGUCCAAUCUAGCAGAGUUGCCAGAAUUCUAUGAUACUAUUGCUGCAGCUUACAAAUUUUUAUGUCGUUCUCAAUUUGAUACUGAAUGUGUCCCAGAUAGUUUCCGUGACAAACGUGUAGGUGCAUGGGGGUUCUCUACAAAGACACAAGGUUAUACUGUAUCUGACUGUACUGCAGAAUCUAUUAAGGCGAUUAUUAUGGUUAGAAGUUCUCCUGUCUUUAAAGAUAUCCACAACGAAAUAAGUGAUGAAAGAUUAUAUCAAGGUGUCGAUAUUCUCUUGGGUUUACAAAAUACUGGUUCUUUUGAAUAUGGUUCAUUUGCUACAUAUGAAAAGAUUAAGGCACCAUUAUUUAUGGAGAAAUUAAAUCCAGCUGAAGUUUUCGGAAACAUUAUGGUUGAGUACCCUUACGUUGAGUGUACAGAUUCUUCAGUAUUGGGUCUAACAUAUUUCCACAAGCAUUACGACUAUAAAAAAGAUCAAAUUUCAAAGAGAAUCAAGAUCGCCAUUGAUUAUUUGAAGGCCAGUCAACAAGUUGACGGUAGUUGGUAUGGUUGCUGGGGUAUAUGUUUCACAUAUGCGGGAAUGUUUGCCAUUGAGGCAUUACAUUCCAUUGGUGAAAGCUAUACCAAUUCAGAAUACGUGAGGAAGGGAUGUGAAUUCCUAGUCAGCAAGCAGAUGGAUGAUGGUGGAUGGGGUGAAUCUAUGAAAUCAAGUGAAUUACACAAUUAUGUGAAUAGUGAUAAGUCACUUGUGGUACAAACUGCAUGGUCGUUAAUCGCUUUGAUCUUAGCCGAUUAUCCGAAUAAAGAUGUCAUCGAUAGAGGUAUCACCCUGUUGAAGAAACGUCAAACAAAACAUGGUGAGUGGAAGUUCGAAUCGGUGGAAGGUGUAUUCAAUCAUUCCUGUGCUAUCGAAUACCCAAGUUACAGAUUCCUUUUCCCUAUCAAAGCAUUGGGCCUAUAUACUAAGAAGUAUAAACACUCUGCGAUAUAG